AUGGCAUCAAAAAGAAUGACAGGAAAGAUUGCCUUGUGGCAAAAACGUACAGAUGAGCACCAGGAGAAACAGAUGAUAAACCCCUUCUCAGAAUGGGAGGGUGCAUCCCAUCGAUCAGCCCUCAGCAAAGAUGAUGUGAACUAUGGUGUACCCGUCGCAGGGUCGUCUACAGAGAGGAGAGGUCGUCAGGCUGGGAAUCUGAUCAGCGGAGAGAUAGUGGAGCUGUGUCAUGUGAUUGCUGAGAUUGGCUGCAGACAAGAUGAUGGAACAUAUAUAAUUACUUUUGGGCCAUUAUUUGAAGCUUACACUAGAAUCUCCAAUAAACUUGUGGGUAUGUUGAUGCGUGCUCGUAAACAACAUCUGAUUCAAUUUGAAGGUGAGAUGCUGUUUCAAAGGCGAGAUGAUGAUGUGCCGAUUACUCUGCUGAGGAUUCCAGACGAAAACUGA